GCUACAUUUCCUCACAACUACAAUUGCGCGCGUCGCAGCCACAUCCAACGGACAGAGCCUGCUCAGCUGUACAUCAAGCCCCAGCCCUCGGCGCUUCCACCAUCAUCCAUCUCAUCUCAGCAAUCGAUCAUGAACACGCCGCGCUAACAAGACUACUUACUUCCUCCCUUAAACCCUUCCCCAGCAACCCAUCACCCAAACCACCUAAUCCAAAGAAAAAUUCUCACCCAACAAUGUCCGACCCCAAACCACAACCCCAACCACCACGCCGUAUCCUAACAACCCCCAACCCCAACUCCAACCCCAAGAUCCCUUCCCCCUCCUCCGACCAAAAUACCCAAACCCGUCCGCACGCGAUAACCCUGGACCUACUCCUCACCGUCCUCUCGCGCACGCUCUUCCACCCCUUCAUCGCCUGGAUCCUCGUGCUCUGCCUCCGCGCCCAAGCCACGCCCUACACCGCGCCGGCGUUCCUCGUCGCCACGGGGUACGCGAUAUUCCUUUCCGCUCUGAAUGUGUUGCAGAGCGUGAACGACCGGUUCGCGUACGGGGAGCCCCGGCGCGUGGAUCUGAGUGAGGAGGUGGUUGUGAUCACGGGCGGGGCGAGCGGGUUGGGGUUGUUGAUUGCGAGGAUCUAUGGGUUGAGGGGGGUGAGUGUGGCGGUGUUGGAUGUGAAGGGGGCGGAGGAGGUGGAGGGGAUGAUGGAGGGGAUGGAUGAUGCCGUGGGGUAUUAUCGAUGUGAUGUUGGGGAUCGCGGGGCGUUGGAGGAGACGGUGCGGAGGGUGGAGAUGGAGCUGGGAACUCCGACAGUACUGGUUCAUUGUGCGGCCGCUCGUAUCAACGGUCAAUCGCUCCGAGAUGUCCCCGCGGAAGCGUUCCAGAAAACCAUCCGGACCAACUUGCUCGCGGCCUUCCAUGCCUACCAGGUCUUCCUGCCGCGGAUGCUGUCCGCCGCCACGGGCGGGACCAUCGUCACCGUCAGUUCGGUUCUGGGCCAGCUGUGCGCGGCGGGGCUGGCGGACUACUCGGCCAGUAAAGCCGGGCUGAGCGCCGUGCAUCGCACGCUGGAAGCGGAGCUCCGCGCGUCCGGUGACGAUGACAAGGUGAAGAUGAUCCUCGUGGAGCCCGGGCAGAUCUCCACGCCACUUUUCCAAUCGGUCCAGACGCCCAACCGCUUCUUUGCGCCCGUCCUCGAGCCGGUCCACGUCGCGCAGGAGAUCGUGUCCGCGAUCGACAGCGGGAGAGGCGCUGUGAUCCGACUGCCCACCUUUGCGAUGCUGGUCAACUGGUAUGCCGUGAUGCCGGCAGGCCUGCAACGCUUGGCGCGGUAUAUGAGUGGGAUCGACAGCGCCGUCGCGCAAGCCUCCUUGCCUCAGAAGAACCCGCCAGCCACCAGUGCGCCGCUGACUGAACAACCACAACAGCAGUGCGAGCCGCUUUGCGUAGACAAAGACUGAUGUAAUGAUGGGGCGGAGGGAUCGGACAGUCAUAGAUGAAUAUUUCAAGGAUGUGGAACCAGCCACGCGAUGUAUAUAAUCAAGACAGAUUCUUCC